UGGCGGUCAGCGGCGGCGUGUCAGGGCGACCUCGGCGCUGGACGCUGAAGGUCGGAGGAAGUCCGACUCCCGAAAAAGGAAGCACUCGCCGCCUCCUGACGCUCGGCCGCGCCGCAAACGGGAAGUCGCUCGGGUAUUUGAAGGCGCUCGCCGACGGCGUCGGUAGGCAUCGCUCCUGCGACUCCGUCACGCAGAUCCGACCGGCUGAGCGCCGCCUGCCUGCCUGCGCCGCGGCCAUCAUGAACACGACGGGGCGCUACAACGAGCCGGUGAGCGACGUUUCCCACGCCGUGAUUUGCGCUGGGCUGGCUCAGCGAUCCGUAACGGCAAAACCGAAUGUCACCGCAGCCGUCCAUCAUCAACCUGGUGGGCAACAUCGACGACUUUCCCGAAUUCCAGCCCUUCCCCCCCCACGACCACGAAGGCGGCGGCGAGGAUGACCCCGAAGGCGAGGUGGACCCGCGAGGCCGCCGACAACUGCUGAGCGUGGAGGACGUGGACAUGUGCAGGGAGAUCAACAUGCCCAAGCACCGCACCCACGCCUACGACACCCAGAACCUGGUGGUGCGCCGGGGUCAAGAGUUCCUCCUGCACAUCACCUUUUCCCGACCCAUCACCCCCAGGGACAAGUUCCAGCUGGAGUUCCUGAUCGGUUCCAACCCCUCGGUCCGUCUGCGCACCCUGGAGCGGGUCACGUUCGGCACGCGCCACAGGGGUCGCUGGCCCGGUCGGAUCUUGGACACGCAGGGCUCGCGGACGGUGUUGGGAAUCACACCGCCGGCCGACACCAUCGUGGGGAAGUUCCGCAUGUACGUGACGGUGGUGUCCAACAGGGGCUUGCAGCGCACCAAGAGGGACCCGACCACCGACUGCUACAUGCUCUUCAACUGCUGGAACAGCGAGGAUUCGGUGUAUUACCCGGAGGAGCAAGGACGGCAGGAGUACGUCCUCAACGACAGCGGGAUCAUCUACAUGGGCUCCAGGGCCACCCUGCUUUAUCGCAACUGGAUCUUCGGCCAGUUUGAACGCGGUAUCUUGGACGCGUGCAUCUACAUCCUGGACGUGUGCCGCAUGCCCAUCAGAAACCGCAGCAACGCCAUCGAAAUGGUCCGCAAGGGUUCCGCCUUGGUGAGUGCCGACGGGAAGGCCGGCAGUGAGUGGUCUCGUCUCUCUUUCUUCUUCCGCUUGGCCGCAAGGAACGCUCGUCUUCCGUCCGUCCCCGUCCUCUCCAACUUCCGCUCCGAGAUUCGGCCGUGUGCAAGUCUUUCCUCCGUACGUCCCGAAACCCGCCCGUUCGGUCUUCUCCCUUGCCUCCUCCUAACCCUGCGGCCGAGAGGUUUGCCGCUUCUUCUUGUACUUCCUCCCGACACGUUCCCCGGCAAACCAAGUCUGGGCCUCCUCCGGCCGGUCUCAGGCGCCUCCACUCGACCUUCCCCGUUGCAGAUCAACGCUCAGGAUGAAAAUGGCGUGCUGGUGGGCAACUGGAGCGAGAACUUCUCCGGAGGCACGGCGCCGACCCUGUGGACGGGUAGCGUGAAUAUCCUGCUGCAGUACGCCAACACGGGCAGCCCCGUGCGCUACGGGCAGUGUUGGGUGUUCGCCGGAGUCUUCAACACUUUCCUGCGGUGUCUGGGCAUCCCGGCCAGAGUCAUCUCCAACUUCAACUCGGCUCACGACAACAACGGCAACCUGAAGAUCGAGCUCAUCUUCAGGGAAGACGGCUCGGCCGACGAGCGCAACACGCACGACUCCAUCUGGAACUACCACUGCUGGAACGAGGUCUUCAUGACUCGCCCCGACCUGCCCCCCCGACUGAGCGGCUGGCAGGUGGUGGACGCCACCCCGCAGGAGACCAGCGACGGACUAUACCGCUGCGGUCCCGCCUCGGUCCUCGCCAUCAAGGAGGGUCUGGUGGGGUACUCCUACGACGGCGCCUUCAUUUUUGCCGAGGUGAACAGCGACGUCAUCUACGUGACGCAGGACAAGUACGGCAACGAGCUGUCCACCUACGUGGACAAGCGGCUGGUGGGGCUGGGACUCUACACCAAGCACAUCCUGGCCGACGCCCCCGUCGACGUCACGCACACGUACAAGUACCAAGAAGGUGAGGAGGAGGACGCCCCCGUUGGGCCUCGGGCCCCGGGCCCCGCUAACACGUACGCGUGCGCAGGGAGCGCCGAGGAAACCAGGGCCAUGGAGGUGGCCCAGAGCUUCGGUCUGUCGAGCGAUCAGCCCGACCCGUCCGGCUCCGCGGACGCCGUCAUCACCGUCUCGCUCGCCGCCGAGCAGGUGGACCUGGGUAAGGACGUGGAGCUGACGGUGGAGUUCCGCAACCACGGCCAAGCGGCCCAAACGGUGAAGGCGCUGGUGACGUGCGCCGUCAUCUACUACACGGGGGUGCUGUCCAAGCGCUUCAAAGAGGAGCCCCUGGAGGUCACCGUGCCGCCCAAUCAGACCGAGCGCGUGCUGCUGACCACCAAGGCCCAGGAGUACAUGAAGAACUUGGGCUUCCAGCGCUUCCUGUGCUUCACGCUGGCGGGCCACGGCGACGUUGUGUACCUGAACGCCAUGAAGGUGGUCUACCUGCAGGCCCCCCACCUCCAGCUCAAGGCGAGCGGCGUCCACGAGGUCGGCCAGCACAUGUUCGUCAACGUGUCCUUCACCAACACCUUCAACUUCCCGCUCUACAACGUCACCCUGGCCAUGGAGGGCCCGCGAGCCGUGUCCAACCGGACGCGAUUCUACAAGUGGGGACGUCGUCGCGCUCGCGCACGCGCGAGCAGGCGCGAUAGCGUGUCAUCGUGCCAGCGUCUCUUUCGUUCUUGGUUUUUCCAGCGUCCUGCAGCCUCAAGCGUCCUUCAACUGGAAGGAGUCGUUCGUCCCGCAAGUGACGGGGAAGCGCACCCUGGUGGCCGUCAUGUACACUGCCAAUCUCUGCGAGAUUUGGGGCAAGGUGGACUUCAUGGUGGCGGCGGCCUCCAACGCGACCGACUGAAGCGGGCGCAGCCGCCGCGUCGACCUUUCGCUCUCGCGUCGAGUGAUUCCCUUUCACGCAAAAUCAAUCGACAAUUGGGAAAAGAAUCCUGCAGAAACAUCGCGUCUCCGAAAGCGCCGCCGCCUUUCAGGAAAGCCCAAAACUGCCCGGCGAAGAGAGGCGGCCCGGUCGCCGACUCGUAUGAAUGAUUAUUUGUCUCUCCGAUCCUCAGCAUCUGCUCACAAGUGUUUCACGCUCACAUACUAACAAUAAAGCAAAGUCAAAAGACCUCACACGGCUCUGAGCGUUAUGAUGAUGAUGAAAGUGAUAACUGUUGCUUGGCUUGAAAAGUCGAAUCCAGUCCACGCUUGAGUCCAAAUUCUGCCCAUCAGCAAUCCGGACACAUCCAAAGCGUCCAAUGUUCCCCCGGCCGUACCAGGGUGCGACGCCUAUUUUCGCCGCAAGAGGGCAACAAUCACCG